CUGUUUUCAGACCUGCUGACGGCCGGCUGCUCCUCCUUUGUUCUGCUGCUGGAACAGUUCGUCCAGCAUCUCUUUAUUUCCCUGUCAGUGUUAGCUGUGUGGAGUGUUACUAGCUGUUAACAUCUCACCUUCACCUGUGGAGCUUCCUCUCGCCAUCCUCAUCAUCACAUCAUGAUGAUCAGCUUUGCUUUGAUCUGGGGGGUCGUGGUGGGGUUGUGUUGCCUUCUGUGGCUGGUUCUGGGGAUAAGACGCAGGCAACCCGGUGAGCCUGUGGUGGAAAAUGGCUUCAUCCCCUACCUGGGUUGUGCUCUGCAGUUCGGAGCAAACCCUCUUCAGUUCCUCCGCAGCCGCCAGAAGAAGUACGGCCACAUUUUCACCUGCAAGAUCGCAGGUCAAUACAUCCACUUCCUGUGUGACCCCUUCUCUUACCACUCAGUCAUCAGACAGGGAAGACAUCUGGACUGGAGGAAGUUCCACUUUGCCACAUCUGUGAAGGCUUUUGGCCAUGACAGCUUCGACCCUCGACAUGGUCACACCACAGAAAACCUUCACCAAACCUUCCUGAAGACCCUGCAGGGUGAAGCUCUGCCCUCCCUGAUAGAGACCAUGAUGGGCCACCUGCAGGACGUCAUGCUGAAGUCAGACACUCUCAGCCCCAGCAAGGACCACUGGCAGGUGGAUGGCAUCUUUGCUUUUUGCUACAAGGUGAUGUUUGAGUCUGGCUACCUGACUCUGUUUGGUAAAGAGUUCGGUGAAGACAAGUGUCAGGCUCGGCAGGCAGCUCAGAAAGCCUUGGUGCUCAACGCUCUGGAGAAUUUCAAGGAGUUUGAUAAGAUUUUCCCAGCGCUGGUGGCUGGCCUCCCCAUCCACGUCUUCAAGAGCGCCUACAGCGCCAGAGAGAACCUUGCAAAGACCAUGCAUGCUGAAAAUCUGUCCAAGAGGCAGAACAUGUCUGAUCUCAUCUCUAUGAGGAUGAUCUUGAACGAUUCCUUAUCUACCUUCAACGACGUGAGCAAAGCCAGGACCCACGUCGCUCUCCUCUGGGCCUCACAAGCCAACACCCUGCCAGCCACCUUCUGGAGUCUCUUUUAUAUGAUCAGGAGUCCAGAUGCUAUGAAAGCAGCAUGUGAGGAGGUCCAGAAAGUUCUGGGGGAUUUGAAAGUUGACCCCAGUGACCCCUCUCUGAACCUGAGCAGGGACCAGCUGGACAACAUGCCUGUUUUAGACAGCAUCAUCAAAGAAGCCAUGCGCCUUUCCAGCGCUUCCAUGAAUGUCCGUGUUGCCAAGGAGGACUUCCUGCUUCACCUUGACAACCAGGAAGCUUACCAUAUAAGGAAAGAUGAUGUAAUAGCCCUGUAUCCACCCAUGCUGCACUACGAUCCAGAAAUCUACGAGGAUCCAUAUGAGUAUAAGUUUGACCGUUUCCUGGAUGAGAAAGGUCAGGAGAAAACCACUUUCCACCGCAGCGGUCGCCGUCUCCGGUACUUCUACAUGCCCUUUGGUUCUGGGGUCACUAAAUGUCCCGGACGGUUCUUUGCUGUGUACGAAAUCAAACAGUUCCUCUCUCUGGUACUUUCCUACUUUGACAUGGAGUUACUGGACCCUGCUACCAGAGUUCCUCCUCUGGACCAGUCUCGCGCUGGUCUGGGAAUCCUGCAACCCACCUACGACGUGGACUUCAGAUACAAGCUGAAAUCCAGCUUCUAGACUGAACUGAAUAUCAGAAUGUACAUACUGUAAAUAUGACGGUGCUGAUGAAGAAAGCUGACUGAAUGUGUAAAUAAAUUCUGUUUUAUUUGA